UGGGCAGACCUGAGUCUAGGCAGACCUCUCCACCAGCGCUAGAGUGGACAGUGAGUUCUCUGUGCUGGACACUGGGAAGGGCCUUUUCUUUGCCCAGGGCCUGCAGUCAGACAGGCACUGAAAAAAGAGACUAUUUUCCACUGGAUCUUCCCUUCCAGACACUCCCUGCUGCCCUUCCAGGAAGGAGGCCCUGGGGUCCCCUGCCAGGCUCACAGAGAGACAGCUGUGCCCUGACAGUGGCGAAGGCCAAGAAGGAGAAAGCUGGGGAACGCUGACAGCCCGCCUCCUGUCCAGGAGCCGCUACCCCUACCCCAGGCCUUCCUCCUGUGGAUACAUGGUUGUGCAGGACAGCACGGAUGCCGGGGAUGCCAGAGUGGGCGUGCAGCUAGAGCCCUUCCUGCACCAGGUCGGGGGGCACCUGAGCGUGAUGAAGUAUGAUGAGCACACUGUGUGCAAGCCCCUCGUCUCCCGGGAGCAGAGGUUCUACGAAUCCCUGCCUCUGGCCAUGAAGCGGUUCACUCCUCAGUACAAAGGCACCAUCACGGUGCAUCUCCGAAAAGACAGCCGAGGCCAUCUCAGCCUGGUAGCGAACCCACUGAAGGAGAACCGGGGGCCCUUCAAGGUCUCCACGGAGUCGGCGGCAGUGGCAAUAUGGCAGACUCUCCAGCAGACCACCAGCGGCAGCGGUGGCGCCCACACCCUCGCCCAGUGGCAGCACACUCAGCUGGCACACUCACUCGAGAACAGCUCAGCCACGUCACUCCUGAGGUCAGAGUUCCACCUCAACGCCCACGUGUCCUCGCUGGUGGAAGAUGCUAAUGGAAACCAGGCCGAGAGGAGGAGCUUUAACCCGUGGGGUCUGCAGUGCCACCUGGCCCACCUGACCCGCCUGUGCACUGAGUACCCGGAGAACCAGCUGCAUCGGUUUCUGUUGCUGGAAAACGUCGUGUCACAGUACAAGUACCCCUGUAUCCUUGACCUGAAGAUGGGGACCCGGCAGCACGGGGACGAUGUGUCCGAGGAGAAGAAGGCCCGUCACAUGAGGAAGUGUGCUCAGAGCACAUCAGCCUGCCUGGGCGUCCGCAUCUGCGGCAUGCAGGUUUAUCAAAUUGAUAAGAAGCACUUUCUCUGCAGAGACAAGUAUUAUGGAAGAAAACUCUCUGUUGAGGGGUUCAGACAAGCCCUCCAUCAGUUCCUGCAUGAUGGAACCCGCCUCCGGACAGAGCUCCUGGAACCCAUCCAGCGCCAGCUUCGGGCCCUCCUCUCGGUCAUUCGAAACCAGAGCUCGUACCGGUUCUACUCCAGCUCUCUCCUCAUCAUCUAUGAUGGGCAGGAGCUGCCAGAAAGGACCUCAGAGGGCCUGCAUCCUCCGGAGGCUCCGCAGCCGGACCACGGCAGCUCUUCUGGAAGCCUCUCCAAAGUUGACAUCCGGAUGAUCGACUUUGCUCACACAACAUACAAAGGCUCCUGGAAUGAGCAUACCACUUAUGAUGGACCAGAUCCAGGCUAUAUUUUUGGCCUGGAAAACCUCAUCCAGAUCCUGCAGGAUAUUCAAGAGGGAGAAUGAGGCUUGUUGCGCCUAUCCAGAUUUUUCUGGAGCGCAGAUAUCAAAAGGGACCUAUUGGCAGCCGGGGUACUCUAGACACUGUUAGAGGUCUUUGUAAUCAUUAUAUCCAUGUUUGAAAGCCAUAUGUGGCAUAUUAAUGGCUGCUAAAGAAACCAGCUCUGGAGAUAAUUCCAUGUACUCUGGCAUCUUAUGCUAAUGCUGGUCGUCAGAGGCUGGACACGCAGUGUGAAAUGGCACCAUUUUAGAGUAUACUGGAAGGCUGCAGCUUGAGUGAGAAGCCAGCAUUACAGUGAGAUUCUGGAGAAUUCGCAUUUAAAAAUGCUUUUUGUUGUCAUGCCGAAGUCUUGGCAAGCUGUGAGGCAAAAAACUCUACUUGAAGAAGAGUCGAAGAGGGAGUUCCUGAGUGUAUGUAUGGCUUGUCUGCUCGCAUGGGCUGCCCACUCCAAGGGCAGAUACAACAUUAUAAUGAAUGACUGUCUCUUACCUUCUUAAGAGGCAUUCUCUGUGGGGCAGGAAGAAGUGGGACAGAUCUGCCCAUCUCACCACCUUCCUGCCCAGGGUCUGAAUGGACAAGGUCAAUCCAGAUACAGCCCAGGCAAAUCAAGACCCCACGUUCUCCAUUGUUUCCCGUGGAGAUGAGGGUCUCUUUCUAGACUUCCGGGUACCUUUUGGAAGUGAUGACUCUGCCACAAAAUGGCUCCAACCAUGAAAUGCAGCUUCCAGGUGGGGGUGGAUUGCACAAAAGAAUGAGCCACUGAUGUUACAUUACACUCCCCGCUUUCUAUUUAUUUAUUUUGGGGGUGGGGUGGGGGAGUCAGAAGAGAGAAGCCUGGAAGGCCAAAGAAACCAGGCGCAAUGUUUACAAGACUGGUGGACAAGUGUAAAUACGGAACAAAGAGCAAACAGUUCUAAUUAAUUCCUUCUUCUGCAGUGUGGAAACCUAUUACAAUGCCCUUGAGUCGAGCACUAAGAUACGUUACCCAAUUAGGGAAAUAAAUUUGUUAAUAAAAUU